AUGAAGGGCCUCUACCAGGCUGCUGGCCGGAUUCUCGUCACUCUGGGGAGCCUCAGUGUAUGCUCUGGAGUUAUUGCUUUCUUCCCUGUCUUUUCUUACAAGCCUUGGUUCACAGGAUGGAGUGUUCGGAUUGCUUGUCCUAUCUGGAAUGGAGCUUUGGCCAUCACGACUGGUGUGCUUCUACUGUUGGCUUACAGAGACUGGACCCAGAGGUACCUGUGGGAAGCUACUUUCAACUUUGUGAUUCUGAGCAUUAUGGGAUGUCCACUUCAUUUUGCAAUAGCUUUGGAAUCUGCUCUCCUGGGCCCAUAUUGCUUCUAUUCAUUUUCAGGGAUUGCAGGGACUAAUUACCUUGGCUAUGCAGUUACCUUUCCUUAUCCAUAUGCAAAAUUCCCAUUAGCCUGUGUGGACCCACCACACUACGAAGAGUACCACCUGACACUUCAAGCCCUCGACCUGUGCCUAAGCUUUACCCUGCUCUGUACAUCCUUGGCAGUGUUCAUCAAACUUUCUGCAAGACUUAUCCAGAAUGGACACAUAAACAUGCAACUCCCUGCUGGGAACCCAAACGCUUUUUCACCAUAAAAGGUAAAAUGGUGUGGGGGUAGAAAAGGCCUGGGACCAGAAUAUAAAAGCAUACAGAUUAAUAGAAUUAUAAAAUUUAAGAUGUUUAAACAAGCUUUAUAUAAGGUAGUUGAACUCCUUUACCUAAAUGUCUUAUUAAAAUGGGUACUGCAUCUGACUGGGAUGUUUCCCCUUUCUAAUACUAUGAAGCUGAAGGCAUGUAAAUCUGCUCUUUUAGGAAAUGUUAAUUAAACAUGCUAAAUGGGAACUAAUAAAAUCACCUAAGCCCACAAAAUAUAGGGUAGUACCUGGAGUGCUAGUCUAGAUCAAUUAUUCACUGCAUAGCCCUUUGUGUGGAGCAUUCUUCGGAGCCGAUGGCAAAAGACUGUGAGUAUUUUUCAGUAACAACAACUGAACUAGAGAAUUUCCACUUGAUGGGGCAUUUAUUGCCUUGUUAUAGAAUAUUAACUGAAGCUACCUCUAUGCUAAAGAAAUAAUGGUGCCCAAAAGAGUUCCAUGAUAAAAUAAAAAUGGUUUACAUAAAAAAAACUCACACAUAUGCAAUCAAGUAAUAUUUGACAAGGGUGUCAGGAAUGCACAAUGAGGAAUAAUAGCCUUUUUAAUAAAUGGUGUUAGGAAAAUUGGAUAUCUACAUGCAAAAGAAUGAACUUGGACCCCAAUCUUAGGCCAGUCACAGAAAUUAACUUAAAACGGAUUAAAGAUUUAAAUGUAAGACCUAAAGCUGUAAAACUACUGAAAGGAAACAUAGGGAUAAAGCUCCAUGACAUUUGUCUUAGCGAUGCUUUUUUUGGAUACGACAUGAAAAGCACAUGCUACCAAAGCAGAAAUAAACAGUGGGACUACAUCAAACUAAAAAGCUUCUGCACAGCAAAGAAAACAAUCAACAAAAUGAAAAAGCAGCUUACAGAAUGGGAGAAAACAUUUUCAAACCAUAUACACAACAAGGGAUUAAUAUCCAAAAUAUAUAAGGAACUCAUACAACUCAAUAGCAAGAAAUAAAUAAUCUGAUUUUAAAAUGGGCAAAUGACCUGCAUGGACAUUUUUUCAAAGAAGACAUACAGGUGGCCAACAGGUACAUGAAAAGGUGUUGAGAAGCUCUUUAACAUUACAAAUUAUUAGGGAAAUGCAAAUCAAAACCACAAUGAAAUAUCACUUGACACCUGUUAAAAUGACUAUCAUCAACAGGGUAAGAGAUAACAAGUGUUGGUGAGGAUGUGGAGAAAAGGGAAUCCUUGUGCACCAUUGGUGGGAAUAUAAAUUGGCAUAGCCAUUAUUGAAAACAGUAUGGAGGUACUGCCUAAGUUAAUUUAUAGAUUUGAUGACAUCCCAUCAAGCUACCAAUGACUUUCUUCACAGAAUUGGAAAAUACUAAAGUUCAUAUGGAACCAAAAAAGAGCCCACAUACCCAAGACAAUCCUAAGCAAAAAGAACAAAGCUGGAGGCAUCACACUACCCAACUUCAAACUAUUCUACAAGGCUACAGUUACCAAAACAGCAUGGUACUUGUACCAAAACAGAUAUAUAGAUCAAUGGAACAGAACAGAGGCCUCAGAAAUAACACCACACAUCUACAACCAACUGAUCUUUGACAAGCCCAACAAAAACAAGAAAUGGGGAAAGGAUUCCCUUUUUAAUAAAUGGUGCUGGGAAAACUGGCUAGCCAUAUGUAGAAAGCUGAAACUAGAUCCCUUCCUUACACCUUAUAUAAAAAUUAACUCAAGAUGGAUUAAAGACUUAAAUGUAAGACCUAAACCAUAAAAACCCUAGAAGAAAACCUAGGCAAUACCAUUCAGGACAUAGGCAUGGGCAAAGACUUCAUGACUAAAACACCAAAAGCAAUGGCAACAAAAGCCAAAAUAGACAAAUGGGAUCUAAUUAAACUAAAGGGCUUCUGCAUGGCAAAAGAAACUAUCAUCAGAGUGAACAGGCAACCUACAGAAUGGGAGAAAAUUUUUUCAAUCUACCCAUCUGACAAACAGCUAAUAUCCAGACUCUACAAAGAACUUAAACAAAUUUAC